UGGACAUCGAGCUGAUGCCGUCUGCGCGCGGCUUCAUCAUGGUUCUAGUUGAUUUCUAGAUCUGACGAUACUGUUAAUUGGAUCGGAUUUUAGUCGUGUGUUAUAAAAAAAGCGUUCGAGUUGUAUCGAAUGGCCGCCGGUGCUAAUCGAAAACCAUUGAGUGCGUGAACUGCAAAAAUCAUCUUAUUAAAUUAAAUGAAUGAUCACGGCUCAAUUGAUUUCAGGAAAGCAAACGUCAUGCGAAUCAAGGACGCUCUCAUGCCGUCUGUCAACCACUCUGCGUUAAAUAAUAACCAACUAAAUCAGGAGAGCCUGGGAGUGGCUUCAGGCUCUGAAGCUAUUGAAAAUCUCAACGAGUCGGCUUCUGAGAAAACCGUAAAUUAUAAUAGAGACCAGUCUCAAAAAUACGAGAGCCAAGGGUUUCGAGUGGCUGAAGAUACCACGACAUGGUCUUCAGUGGCUAUAGCAAGAACAAAUGUUAAUAAUCAUCCUAAAAGGGUCAACAACAUUAUCAAUAACAACCUUUCACUCUCCAAAUUAUCUCUAAACAGUUCAACUGAGAGCUUGUCUGAUUAUGAUGGUCAUGAACUAUCUGCUGGAUCAGAGUGUUCUGAUAACUCAGACGAUGGCAGUUUACCAAGAGUCUGCCGAGGAAUAAUCAAUCCUAAUUAUCCAGGCUUCCAACAUCUUGCACCAGCAUUCUUAUCUGUUUUCAGUGAAGAAGAACAAUCAGAUAGCAGAGACUCUUCUGUGAGAAUUAAUGAUCAAGAAUCUGAAAAUAAAAUAAACGAUUGUUGUAAUAAUAACAAUAAUAAUAACAACAACCUUAAUAACAACAAUAAUAUUAAUAAUAACCACAAUAAUAAAGACGAAGAAAAAGAAGAAGCUGAAUUAGAAAAACAAAUUGAACCAGAACCUGUUUCUGUUAAUCGUCUGGAUAUACGGAAAGAAGAGAAUAAAUUUUUCUAUGACAAAUCCAAGCUGAAUAUUCAGCAGACCGUAACAUCUUUCUAUGAAGACGUUGUAUCAUCAUCAGAAAAGUGUUUAAACUAUGUGAAAAGUAUUGAGGACUCAAACGAAGACUUAUUAGAUAUAUCCAAAGAAAAUCUUCCUCAUUGGCAUCAUCAUCUUCCUGUAGAAAUAGAGGUAGCAGAGCUUCAAUCAACAUCAACAGAACGUCCUCAAUUUGCUGAGAUUGAAGAGAUUCCAUCAGAAUCUAGUAAAACUUAUGAACAAGACAGUGAAUCUGAAGAAAUUACCAUCGGGCAUAUUGACCUUAUUUCUGAAGUUACAAGAUUACCUAAUGACGUAUUAAAGCCCGAGGUGAAAGAAGAAAAUACUAGUUCCAAGCUGUCUGACGAUUCUGAGACAACUACAGAUUCAGAGGGUCUUUCAGAGGAACAACCUUACACAAAGCUUGAAGAAAUUGAUUUGUUAUCAAGCAUAGGACGAGAUAUUGGAGUUAAUCUCGAAAAAUACGUCCAGCCAGUUCCAGACGUCGUUGCAAUGGAAUCAGUUGAUGUUCAUUCCCGUCCUUUUUCUGGUUUAGUUAAAGAUGUGACUAGGGAAGACACGAAUAAGUUAGUAGAAGCUGAUUUAGAAUCUUGCAGUGCUGAUAUGAGAAAGAAAGAAAAAAUGGCAAGGAACCAAGCACGUCGCCGUCAACAAUCAUUUGCUGGACGCCGUCCUGAUAAACGAAGAGAACACGGAGAUAAAACUGGAAGCUUUGAUGUGUAUAACAUUGAAACCGCAAUGCCAAAAAUUGACUUGGAUGCAAUUGAGUCACACUUACGUGCAGCACGUGAGGAAGAACGACGGCGCCGAAAUGAUCGAGAAGAAAUUCGAAGAAGACUUGCUAUGGGUCCAGAUGCCGAUGAUAUCCGAUCUGAAAGAGGUAGAAAGCCAAGUUUACAAUCUCGUCUUCAAAGUGGAAUGAAUCUCCAGAUAUGUUUUAUGAAUGAAUCUCCUUCAGAUACAGAAUCUCCUGGUUCGGAAGAUACACCAUCAGGUCCAAAACCACCAUCACAAUCUUACCAACAACACAGUAUUGCUGCUAGACCACAGGUGCUUAGUCUUCCACCUUUAAGACUCGAAACAGAUAUUUCAAGUGCACCUUUAGACGAGGCUGAUUUCUUUGCUCGUCAAGCAAGAUUACAAACUGAAGCAAGAAUGGCAUUGGCUCAAGCUAAAGAAAUGGCUCAUAUGCAAAUGGAAGUUGAGAGACAACGACUCAAGCAGAGUCCUAUUACUGAGAUGGUUCGAUCAAGUUUAGAAAAGGUUGGAGUCCAAUUAGGUGAAGAUAGACGUCGACUUUCUCGAGUACUUCUUACGGAAUUAAAUGUAGCACAGCUUCAAGUAGUAGCAAAUGAUCUCCAUGCAAGAAUUGCAGUAUUAAAUGAAGCUUUAGUCGAAGGAUUGCUUAGAAGAGAUGAUCUCCAUAUGGAACAAGACUCUAUGCUGGUUGAUGUAGAAGAUUUAACUCGAUAUCUUGGAGCAAAACAGGAGUCAUUCAAGAAGCGUCAAGCAAGUAUCAAAGAGCAAGCAACUAUCCAAGAAAAUAACAGAAGUAAUCAACAACAUCGCCAGCAGUUUCAUUCACUAGUAAUGCCGAUCAUCAGGACAAAGUUCAGUAGUCGUAGUCUUGUUGGAUUGGUGAAAAAGUAAAACAUUAUUUUCCACGGAAUUUAAUUGAUUCAAGUUGGUUAAAUUGCUUAUUUUACGUCCUCGUUCGAAAUCGCUACGGAAUUUGAACAAUCGAAGAGAUAAAUAAAAUUUAUUUGCUACAAUAUCAUGAGCAAACGUUCGAAUUAAUAACAGGACAAAAUUUUCUAAUUUAGGAAAAAAGAGCCCAAUGAUUUUCCACGAUUUCCAAACAUUUUUACAGCUUUAUCAUGAACGUUAACAGUUAUUUAAAUGCAUAGAUAUAAUUAAAGUAAUUUAUAAUUAUCACAAAUGAUUAUUCCAAAAUUUAUUCCAUCAUUAUGCAUGUUUUCUCGAUGAUAAUCUGCCUCCGAAAACAAUAUUAGGAUAGAUGCAAUAGAAUUUCGAUGUUGUAUAUAUCAUUAAUAAAAAAAAAUUAAUAAUAGUAUUUAAAUAAACAUUUUUUGCGUUAUUGGAGCGAUAUUUGUAAAAUUGAUCAACUCAAUAACUAAUCCUAGUCGCAAAACACGUAUUGAUUCGUGUGAACUUAAUAAGUGCUGGUCUGAUGUUUAAAUUCAAUUGAAAAUAAAUUUUAACAUUCAACAAG